CCAUUUCCGUCAAAUUCCUCCGUUUGCUAAAACCCUAAUAAAACCUCGCUACUAGGGUUUCUCGCUGUGGAACCCAAACAAAGCUCCAAUCCCACCAUCAAGAACAACCACGAGGAGGAAAAUGGCUACUGGUCUCGUCCUUCUGAGGAAAUCACCCUCCACUCGAUCGGCACUCGCCGCUUUAACGUCCUCCGUCGAUUCCCUCCUCCACCGCCGCCACAACCACUCCCAUUUCUCAAAACCCAGCACCGACCUCGCCAAAUCCACAAACGAAUCCUCUGGAAAUGGUCAAAAUGGAAAAUUUUCAAUUGGGUGGCUCAGUGGGGUAUAUGGAGUGGCGGGUAGGAGAGGUUUUCACGGGGCGGCCGGUUUGAGUUUUAGGGCUUCGGUCCCGGCGUCGAACGCAGGGUACGCGGCGGCGGCUGACUUCUCCGACGAGGACCAGACCAGAGGUCAGGGGGGUAGUAGUGGUGGUGCUAGUGAUGUCGGGCUUGAGAUAUCUAAGCUUGGGAUAUCGGAGCAUAUUGUUUCUGCUUUGGCUGGCAAGGGAAUCACUAAGCUCUUCCCUAUUCAGAAAGCUGUGCUGGAACCAGCCAUGAAGGGAUGUGACAUGAUUGGUCGUGCUAGGACAGGAACUGGGAAGACCCUUGCUUUUGGCAUUCCCAUCAUGGAUAAAAUCCUCCGGUUCAAUGAAAAACAUGGAUGUGGAAGAUAUCCUUUGGCUAUGGUUUUGGCGCCAACUAGAGAGCUUGCUAAACAAGUUGACAAGGAAUUCGCUGAGGCUGCUCCUAAGUUGGAAUCACUGUGUGUUUAUGGAGGUGUGCCCAUCUCGCGGCAAAUGAGCCAGCUUGACCAUGGUGUUGAUGUGGUUGUUGGUACACCGGGACGGGUUAUAGAUCUGAUCAAGAGAGGUGCUUUGAAAUUAUCUGAAAUUCAGUUCCUUGUACUCGAUGAAGCUGAUCAGAUGCUUAAUGUGGGUUUUGCGGAUGACGUUGAGACUAUCUUACAACAUGUGCCAGCGAAACGUCAGUGCAUGAUGUUCUCCGCGACAAUGCCGAGUUGGAUAAGGAAACUCACCCAGAAGUACCUAAAAGAUCCACUAACAAUUGAUCUUGUAGGAGAUUCUGUUCAGAAGUUGGCAGACGGAAUUUCGUUAUAUGCAAUUGCAUCAGAGAUGUUUGAGAAACCACAAAUUAUUGGACCUCUCAUAACAGAACAUGCAAAAGGAGGUAAAUGCAUUGUUUUCACGCAAACGAAGCGUGAUGCUGACAGAUUGGCAUAUUCGAUGCAAAGAAGUUUCAAAUGUGAAGCUUUGCAUGGAGAUAUUUCACAAAAUCAGAGAGAGAUAACUCUUUCAGGCUUUCGAGAUGGUCGCUUCAAUGUUUUAGUGGCCACUGAUGUUGCUGCUCGUGGCCUUGAUGUACCAAACGUUGAUCUAGUCAUACAUUAUGAACUUCCAAGCACUUCAGAGAUCUUUGUUCACCGAUCUGGCCGAACAGGACGUGCUGGGAAGAAGGGAACUGCGAUUCUGGUUCACACAUCAAAUCAAAUGAGGGAUGUCAAGAGUAUUGAGCGAGAUGUAGGGUGCAGAUUUACAGAGCUCCCCAGGAUUUCUGUUGCGGGUGGAACAAGCAACAUCUUCAAUGACAUGGGUUCAAACCGUGGCGGGCCUGGCGGCCGAUUUGGCGAUUCAGGUUCUGGUCGUUACGGUGGUCCCUCAACUGGUGGUUUUGGUGAUUAUGGCUCCAGUCGUUCAGGAUUCGGUGGAUCUGGUUCUGGUCGAUCAGGUGGUGGGUUUGGUGGGUUUAACUCGAGCCGCUCAGGGAACUCUGGUGGUUAUGGGUCUGGUCGUUCGGGUGGUUUUGGGAACUCUGGUUCAGGUCGUUCUAGCGGUUUUGGCGAUUUUCUCCCAAGCAGAUCCAGUGGUGGCUUUGGCGAUGAUAAAUAUGGGAGGAAAUCAUUCUAACUUUUCUCAGAGUUUCGGGAAUGAGAGCUAUAGAAGUCCGCUUUGAAAAUUGAAACGAACAUUUCUGGACUAUCGGUGUUGCUUGCAGUUGCUGAGGGGGUGAUCAGCUGGUUAUAUGAUUAUGUUCGUCACUAUAAGAUAAUAUUUACAAAUUGUCCCUUUCUUCGUAGAUAAGAGGGAAAAAAAAAAAAAAAUGUCCCAUGUGAAUGAAUAUUUUGAAACACGGAUUAUUAUUUUUACUGAUGCUUUGAAUUACUAGUUAUUUUUGCCAACACAGCCGUCGUUGGAUGAGAAUUUGGUGUAAUAGGACCAUAAUGUAUUCAUUUCACUGGGAGGAAUCAGUUGUUGUUUCAGUUC